CGUUAACGGAGGCGAGUCGGAAAUAAAGCGACACAACGAGGAGGGACGCGGCGGAGAAGGCUGAGUGUCGGCGGACAAAGCAGGGUCAUGAGUGCAAGGAAAAAGAAAAGUUGAUGCUUCGUAGGAAAAAUCAGAGAAAAUAAAGGAUUCGUUGUUAAUUUGGGAGAAGAAGGAAAGAUUUGUGCGCAUUGAAUGAGGUGAUUGUAUUUUUUUAUUUUCUGGAGAAGACUGAUGCAACUUUCAUUAUCGCACUAAAUGGACUUUUGAAAUACUGUGUUUGACCAGCCAGAGGUCCGAGGAUGUGUCCAGCUUUCACGGAACCUGCACGCAGCCCGAGAACCGGCCACUGACUGACCUUUUUUUUUUUUUUUUUUUUUACGCACGGGGGGAGAAAGAUCGGUUCCCGUUCGUUUUGUUUUCUUGUUCGUGUGGAUGAACUUUACAAUACAUUUUUAAUGAUUCGAGAUCUGAGCAAGAUGUACCCCCCGGCACGGCAUCCGGUCCCCCACCAGCCGGGACAGCCGUUCAAGUUCACUGUCACCGAGUCCUGCGACCGGAUCAAGGAGGAGUUCCAGUUCCUGCAAGCCCAGUAUCACAGUCUGAAGCUGGAAUGUGAGAAGCUGGCCAGUGAGAAGACGGAGAUGCAGAGACACUACGUGAUGUACUACGAGAUGUCGUACGGCCUCAACAUCGAGAUGCACAAGCAGGCGGAGAUCGUCAAGCGGCUGAACGCAAUCUGCGCCCAAGUCAUCCCCUUCCUCUCUCAAGAGCAUCAGCAGCAGGUGGUGCAGGCGGUGGAGAGGGCCAAGCAGGUCACCAUGGCUGAGCUCAACGCCAUCAUAGGACAGCAGCAGCUCCAAGCUCAGCACCUCUCCCACGGCCACGCCAUCCCCGUCCCGCUCACGCCCCACCCGGCCGGCCUCCAGCCCCCUCUGCCCCCCGGGGCCAGCACCGCCAGCCUGCUGGCUCUGUCCUCGGCCCUGAGCCACCAGCUGCCGCUCAAAGACGAGAGGAAGCACCACGACAACAACAGUGAACACGCCAGAGACAGAGACUCAGUCAAGAGCUCGUCCGUGUCUCCGUCGGCCAGUUUCCGGGCCGGAGAGAAGCACCGCAGUUCCAGUGAUUACUCGUCCGACAGCAAGAAGCAGAAGACGGACGACAAGGAGCUGACCUCCACGCGCUACGAAAGCGACGGAGAGAAGAGCGAUGACAACCUGGUGGUCGAUGUCUCCAAUGAGGAUCCGGCGUCUCCUCGAGGAAGCCCCGCCCACUCGCCUCGGGAGAACGGAUUGGACAAAAGCCGCCUGCUGAAGAAGGACGCGCCGCUGAGUCCGUCCUCCAUCGCCUCCUCCAGCAGCACACCUUCAUCCAAGUCCAAAGAGAUUAAUUUGAAUGAGAAGUCCACAACCCCCGUGUCCAAGUCCAGCACCCCGACGUCUCGCUCCGAAGCCCCGACGCCCAGCAGCACCUCCACCCCGGGCCUGAGGUCCGCACCCAGCAAACCGUCGGGAGUGGAGACUCUGGCUCCUGGUCUCCGCACACCGCUGGCAGUGCCCUGCUCGUACCCGGGUCCGUUCGGGAUGGUUCCUCACCCAGGCAUGAACGGAGAGCUCAGUGGAGCCGGAGCAGCCUACAGCAGUCUCCACAACAUCUCCCCACAGAUGAGCGCGGUCGCUGCCGCCGCCGUGGCAGCGUACGGACGCACGCAAGUGGUGGGAUUCGAUCCUCACCACCACAUACGUGUCCCCGGCCUCCCUCCCAACCUGUCGGGCAUCCCUGGUGGAAAACCAGCUUACUCCUUUCAUGUGAGCGCCGACGGACAAAUGCAGCCUGUGCCUUUCCCUCCGGACGCGCUGAUUGGCCCCAGCAUCCCGCGCCACGCUCGGCAGAUCAAUACCCUGAGCCACGGGGAGGUGGUGUGCGCCGUGACCAUCAGUAACCCGACGCGUCACGUCUACACCGGCGGCAAGGGCUGUGUCAAGGUGUGGGACAUCAGUCACCCGGGCAACAAGACCCCCGUAUCCCAGCUGGACUGCCUUAACAGAGAUAACUACAUCCGCUCCUGUCGGCUACUUCCGGACGGACGGACUCUCAUCGUCGGGGGCGAAGCCAGCACGUUGUCCAUCUGGGAUCUGGCGACGCCGACUCCUCGGAUCAAAGCAGAACUGACUUCGUCGGCGCCUGCUUGCUACGCUCUGGCCAUCAGCCCCGACUCCAAAGUCUGCUUCUCCUGCUGCUCCGACGGAAACAUAGCUGUCUGGGAUCUUCACAACCAGACUCUGGUCAGGCAGUUCCAGGGCCACACCGACGGAGCCAGCUGCAUAGACAUCUCCAACGACGGGACCAAGCUGUGGACCGGAGGUCUGGACAACACCGUCCGGUCCUGGGACCUGAGGGAGGGACGCCAGCUCCAGCAGCACGACUUCACCUCCCAGAUCUUCUCGCUGGGUUACUGUCCAACGGGCGAGUGGCUGGCGGUGGGGAUGGAGAACAGCAACGUGGAGGUCCUGCACGUCACCAAACCGGACAAGUACCAGCUCCACCUGCACGAGAGCUGCGUGCUGUCGCUCAGAUUCGCGCAUUGUGGGAAGUGGUUCGUGAGCACAGGAAAAGACAAUCUGCUGAACGCGUGGAGGACCCCGUAUGGAGCGAGCAUAUUCCAGUCAAAGGAGUCAUCCUCAGUGCUGAGCUGCGACAUCUCCAUAGAUGAUAAGUACAUUGUGACAGGCUCAGGAGACAAGAAAGCGACCGUCUACGAGGUCAUCUACUAGGAGAGCUCUGGUCAUUCAGCUACAAGGCCAUCCUUCCAUCCAGGUCUGACGUCUCCAUCACCUAUGUACAAUUUUUAAUGUGUAUAAAGUCGAGUUGAAUGGAACAAACCAAACGCUCUCUUGGACCGUGACCUUCCUUUGAUCUACCCGGCUGGUCGUGGAACAAGUGGAACUAAGCACAGAGAUUUUUUUUGUUCUUUUGCUCUUAAGUGGCUUUUUGUUCUUGUGAGGAUGAAUGAAUGUCCGUGUGCGCCGACUCUGAAGUGAGCGCUGUUGUCUGCAUAACAUUCCUUUAUGUAACAAUUGACAUAAGCCUCCCAUGUAUUUGCUUUUAUCCGACAUGUUGGGUAAAGUACCAAAAUGUACUUUGUG